AUGGCGGCGGCUGCGGUUGCGGGGCGCUGCUGGGGGCUGCUGGCCCGCGGGCGGCUGGGGGCGCCCCCCGGGUGGAGGGCCGCUUCGGGCUUGCCCAAGGACCUCCUGCCGGGGCCCUAUCCCAGGACGCCGGAGGAACGGGCGGCUGCUGCAAAGAAGUACAAUUUGAGGGUGGAAGACUACGAGCCGUACCCGGACGAUGGCAUGGGUUACGGCGAUUAUCCCAAGUUCCCAGACCGAUCCCAGCAAGAAAGAGAUCCUUAUUACAACUGGGACUAUAGUGAUCUGCGAAGGAACCAUGGAGAGCCGUUGCACUGGGAUUUUGACAUGUUCCUCCGGACACGGGUCGACACCACCCCUACGCUGCUUCCGUGGCAUACGAUGCGCAACAUUCUCUUGGGCUUUGUUGGCUUCAUGGUCCUCAUGUUUGGCCUUGGGGAGAUGUAUCCAUCGUAUCAACCUGUGGGCCCAAAGCAGUUUCCCUACAACAAUUUGUAUCUGGAAAACGGCGGCGAUCCCAACCAAGAGCCACCAAAGGUGAAGCACUAUGAGAUCUGAGGGCUGC